AUGGCGUUGGCUGCAAAAGCUUUGAGGAAGCAACGUGAGCAGCUUGAUCGUGCUCGCACCAGUGCUCAUAAAGUGCUUUGUAGUUUGAAAUUCAUGAGCAGUAAAUCUAACGAUGUUGAUGCGUGGAAUAAAGUUCAGAAUAAUUUCGAUAAACUUUCUAAAGACGGUGCACACUAUGUGUUUGUUGAAAUGUUGCAGUGUUGCUCUAUUUCUGUUUUAUGGGUGCACACUAUAUGUUUGUUAGAAUGUUGCAGUAGAAUUUAUCUAUCUGGAAUGUUAUUUCAAUCAGAAGAUUUUAUGGAAUUGGUUGGAAACGAUGGUGGAAACGAUGGAGUUGCGAUGGAGUUUGUCAGAGUCGAAGGGUGUCUCUGUCCGGUUAUGCGAAUGUUGGUCGAUGGGGCUGCUUCAAUCAGCAUUGUCUUGGCAUAUCACGAUUUUUGGUUUGAUGCAAGAAGGAUUGGAAGCUCAAGACCGGACAUAUUGCAAGCAGAAGAAUAUGAAAUAAACGCUACGGAGUUCUUCGAGCCAGCUGGACUCUGGACUUUUAUGUUUUCUACAGCUUUAGUUAGAGGAACAAGACACAGGUUUUCCUACGCAUUCAAUAGACAUAGCUUAUUCUGGCUAUGCUUAGUUGAAGAUGUUCCGACCAUUGCAUCAUCCCUUACAAGAUGUUUUCGAGCUUUUACUCCUUAUUCCGUACAUCCAAGAACUUACAGCACAACGAGACAUCUUUCAAAACUACCCCCUGUAUGUUCUCCAUCAGCUUUUGUUUCACAGCUCGGAUCAAGUGUCAUUGGAAGCCAAUGUAAUCAGGCAAACCGGCUACCUUCCAGAUACACAAGUAAUUCAUCAGUUGAACUGAAGACCCAAAAUGAUGUUGUACGGUUCUCUCUGUAUAAGCCUGGGGAUAUUAGUUCUGAAACGAAGAGCCAGAAUAAAAAAACAAUGAAAAAAUCUAAAAGGGCCAAAGUGAAUGAGCUCAAAUUCUAUCGUUUGAAGGCAAAACAAAAGAUGUAUUCUCCUAAUCCAGAAGUUAGAAUUCGCUAUAAGCUUGAAAAGGCCAAGCGAAAGGAAACAUGGUUGAUUGAAAAGCUUAGGAAAUUUGAUGUUCCGAAGCUCCCAACAGAAACAUUUGAUCCUGAAAUUUUAACCGAGGAGGAGAGGCAUUAUCUGAAGCGCACUGGAGAGAAAAAGAAACACUAUGUUCCAGUUGGGAGACGAGGAGUGUUUGGUGGGGUAGUUCUAAACAUGCAUCUUCACUGGAAGAAUCAUGAGACGGUGAAGGUUAUAUGCAAGCCCUGCAAACCGGGUCAAGCUCAGGAAUAUGCUGAAGAGCUGGCUCGACUGAGCAAAGGCAUUGUGAUUGACAUCAAACCUAAUAAUAUUAUCAUUUUUUACCGAGGAAAGAACUAUGUACAACCCAAAGUGAUGUCACCUCCAGAUACAUUAUCAAAAGCGAAGGCCUUGGAGAAAUAUCGAUAUGAGCAGUCACUUGAGCAUACUAGCCAGUUCAUUGAAAAGUUGGAGAAAGAGCUUGAAGAGUAUCAUGAGCACGUUGCAAAGUUUAAAAAAAGGAAAGAGGAUACAACUUAAGAUGUUAGAGUGGACAUUAGUUUGCUGUUCCCAAUUUAUAUAAAUGAUGCCUGAUUUAUUAAUAAACAUGUUGCAAGAAAAUUCAUCAUGUUUUGUAGAAGAAAAAUGCUGAUAACAUAUUUUUAACACAUUCUUUUCCAAUACAGUUCUAUUACUAACUGAAUUUCAUAGACGUCUCACUGAAAAACCCGGGCUCUCUCUCAAGGUUGUAGUUAUUUUCUCAUGGAUUAAGGAAGGUUGACUAUUUUUUUGGACAGCAAUGUCACACAAGAGACUCAGACAAGUGGACUUGUUUGCUUUUGAAGAAAUGUAAAUGUUUUGCUUUCCUUGAAGUGGCUCAAGGCCAGCUGCAAUACUAUUGUCGAUAUGUUACGUUGUGACUAGUUAUAAUGUUUCUAAGAUAAAAGUUCACAUUCCUUGUUUACAGUCUUUAAGUAUUGUGAUUUGUGUAUGACAAUUCACAUGCUAAUUGUAUUAUCUCAGGUUAAUGAUGGUGUUAUCUACCUCAUGGUCUUAAUGAUGGUGCUAAUUGUGAUUUCUGCAUUUUUUCAACCACUGAGUAACACUUUCCAAUUUCCCUUAAAUAUAUCAUUUAACUCACUAGUUGGCUAGUGACUGUCUUAGUGGUGUUUCUUUGUUGGACCUGGAUGAAUAACUUAAUAGAUUUUGGGAGCAAAGCCUCUCAGUUUUCAUGAGAAUUUCUAAAUAUGCAAUGUAUUGGAGCAAUGUUUUUAUGCAUGUUUUAUUGAAACUUGAUAUUGUAUAUCUGAUUUGAUUUUCGAGAAGAAAAGCGUGAGUUCCUGUCUUGUUACUGUGACAAUUUCAUCAGUUACAUAAACUUGGCAAAAUGUCAUGCAUCAUAAAGAUUCUAUCCCAAUGUCUCAUUCAUUAUUUUGGGAUGCCAAUCAUUGAAGAAAGACCACCCAACCCCAUCCCCCAGUUAUACCGAAACAAAGUCUGAAACGAUUUUGUAACAGAUUUCAUGUGUCCUCUAGUAGAACUUGUUUCAAAACUACUACUGCAUUUAGGUUUAGGAUGUGUGAACUGAAAGAUGUUACUAUCAACAUUAUCAUUACCAGUAUGGCAUUCACACUCAUGAUAAGGCUGUAUAUCCAAUACAUAUGGCAAGAUGUUUGCCUUUU